GCAGAAGAAGAAGAUCGCGGUGGAGGAGGAAGGAAACCGAGCUGGAGGGAGAUUUGAGUUUUCUGUCCGUGAAGCACGAUGGAGACCGAUCCAGACAUUCAAACAGUACCGAAAGGGUUCUACUGUAAAUUAUGCGAUGUUAAAAUUCCUAAUGAGCCAAGUUUAGAAGCCCAUAUGAAGGGGAAGAAGCACCAGCACCUGUGCAGGCUGCGUGCAAAGAGGAAAGCUCAGGAGGAGAACAGUGUCUACGUCAGCGGCUUCAAGCCUGACACAUCCACGAGUGAGUUGGUGGAAUAUUUUCAGCAGUUCGGAUCUGUGGCUGAGGUCAUCAUGGACAAAGAGCGGAGUCUGUAUGCCAUAGUGGAAUUUGCUGAGACGGCAAGCACAGAGGCAGCGUUGACUCAGCUGCAGCACCAUCUGAAUGGACUGAAGCUCCGUGUGAAACCCAGAGAGAGGAAAGAGUUCAAGUUGGCCAGCACGGGGAAACAUGACCAGACGAAACCUCACAUUAGCCUAGAGAAGCUCAACCAUGAGCUCUGUCUCUUGUCUUCAGUAAACGAGCAGAUGCAGAAGGUGGUGGAGAUCUUCCAGCUGGGUGAGAAUGACAGUAAAGCAAGGCAGCUCCUCGUCCAGCUCCUGCAGGAGGUCUUCAUUGAGUUCCUACCAGAUUGUCAGAUCAUACCUUUCGGCUCCUCAGUGAACACAUUCGGGAUCCAUUUGUGCGACCUCGAUCUUGUCUUGGACCUGGAGAACACCAAAGCCUUCCAGAACCGCACCAGGAAGUCUGUGCAGCAGGCAGGCGAGAACCAGUCAGAGGACAGCCAAUCAGAUGAGUCCAUCCUGUCCGACAUCAACCUGGCGACGGCCUCUCCGGCAGAGCUGCUGGAACUGGUGGCGGCCAUAUUGAGGAAGUGCACGCCUGGGGUGCAUAAGGUCCAAACAGUGAGCAGCGCGCGCCUCCCUGUGGUCAAGUUCAGCCAUCGGCAGCUCAAUCUGCAGGGAGACAUCACAAUCAAUAACAGGUUGGCGGUCAGGAACACAAGAUUUCUGCAGCUGUGCUCGGGGCUGGACUCCAGAGUUCGUCCUCUUGUUUAUUCUGUACGAUUUUGGGCAAAACAGAAACAAAUUGCAGGGAAUCCGUCUGGCGGUGGGCCGCUGUUGAAUAACUAUGCACUGACGCUGCUGGUCCUGUUCUACCUGCAGACCAUCAGUCCACCUGUACUGCCUUCUGUGGAGCAGCUCAAGAACAUGGCAUGUGAGGAGGAGGUGUGUGUUAUUGACGGAUGGGACUGCACUUUCCCGAGCCAGCCAAUCAGCGUACCUCCUAGUAAAAACACAGAUGACCUGUGCACCUUACUUUUUGGUUUCUUUACCUACUACUCCAAGUUUAAUUUUCCUGAAUUGGUGGUGUCUCUGAGAGCUGGAUGCACUCUUCCCAUCACGAAGUUUCUGAGCAGAAAUGAUGAAAUGCCUGAUGCUGCAGAGAGCUUGGACACUGCCAGACAGACUGUACGUCCUAAACUGGGACCUGUAAACAUCUUGGACCCGUUUGAAGUCUACCAUAAUGUAGCUGGCAACCUUACUGAACGAACACACAAGAAUCUUCAUAGGGAAUUCUGCGAAGCAGAGAAGUACUGCCGGAGCCUGCAGUACCAGCAAAAGUCAUCCAAGGGCAAGUCCUGGGGGCUAGUAAAGCUUUUUGCACCUCGCAUCGAGGGUUUGUCUUGCUCACAGGAUGCUACAGAAAAAAUCCCAGAGAUUAACAUCCCCUUCAGAGCAGCAGUUUUGACACCGUCUUUCUGUACAGAGCUGAGUUCAGCAGGAGAGACAUUCAGAGUCCUUUGGUUUAAGAAGGUCUGCUCCACCUUGAAGGUGGUGUUCAAUGACAUUCUCAAGUGUACACCUUUAGACCAUGUUGAGAUCAGUCAAGAUGAAACAAGGGUCAAAGGAGAUAGCAAAGAGGAGAAAGUGAACAAUGAUCAGAGUCUUGAUAGUUCCAACCAUCAGCCCACAGCUCAAUCAGGAGUAAAGAGACCCCUGUCUGUAGAGGAAGGUCCAGCCUCCUCUUCCUCACCCCAAGGAAAGAGGAUGAGACUGGAACCUUCAGUAGAUCAUCCAGAGGCGGCUCACUGGAACUGGACACAGAGACACCGGGUAUGGGCUGGCCGAAGGAAGAUCCGGAGAGAUUUACAAAAAACAGGUGACGAGACCUCCAAGCCUGAAGGGAGCUGCAGCAGCAUUGAGAGCAGGGUGACACAAUACAUCAUCGAGAACGACUCGAAUCCCAAGGAGAAACUGGACUUCAGGGUGGAUGCCGUCAUGGUGGGCAGUGAUGAGUGCACAAGAGUAGUGCUCAAGUUUAAACCAACCAGUGAUCCUGCAGGACAUUUUCAAGACUUCUUCCAUUUUCUCGAUUCUUUCCUGCCCAAGAUGAUUGAAACGUUGUUGGCGGAACCUGAAUAAUUCAUUUUUAUUCUUUGACUGUCCUUCCUGAACAUUUAUUUUAAGAAUAUAAGUAAACUUUUUAGAAGGAAAUUUGUUUGCUUCAGUAAUUCAAACGACAUUAGUUAUUAAUCACUUCUUUUAAUUGAGUUAUUCAUUUCAUUGUUUAUUCAGGUUUAAAUAGAAACUGAGUUUUGAUUUAAAAUAGUUUGUAGUAUAUUUUGGUUUGUUCAUUGUAAAGAAAAAAAAAAAGUUAGUGUAGGUUAUAAAGCAACCAGUUUAUGGUCUUCAGCUUCUGUUUGACGUUCCAUUCGUGAAUGUUUCAGGUUUUUUGAAGGCGCCACUAAGGUAAAUGGAAGCAAAAGGACUACAUUUUCAUCGAUACUCAUAACCAACUUCAUCACGAUCAAACAGAUUUUUUGUAUGUUUGUGAUGUGUACCUGUCAGUAUUUUUUAAAUGUUGGACAGAAUUUUUGGCUCACCAAGUUCUUUUGGUCAAGACCAACAUUCCUUCUGCUCUUAUUAAGAUGAUCAGUAUUUGACUGGGUGAAUUGUUUCAUUUUCAUUUAUGGCCAAGGUUUGCUCCUUUUGUUCAAUUUGAUCAAUGUUUGAUUUGCUGAAUCCUUUCAGUCAAGACUGGGGUUGGUUCCUGUCUGGUUUGAUGAUCUCCGGCCAAGAUUUGCUCCUUUUCUCAUUCAUUCUGUCAGGGUUUGACGCAAUGAAUCCCAUCUAUCAUGGCUGAAAUUAGCUUAACUCAUGUACAGGAGACCAGUGUUUAACUCGAUUAAUCAUUUCAGUCAAGACUUAGUCACAUCUUUCUCAUUCAAUGGAUUGGUGAGCCUUUUCAGAACAAGAGCUUUCUUCUGACUGAAUCUGUAUGAUCAUGGAUGAGAUUCAUUUGAGUCAAACACUACUAACCCCCUAAACUUGAGAGGACCAGUUCCUGGCCCUAAAUUGCUGAAUUGUUUUGGUCACACUUGAUAUUCAUUCAAGUCAAACACUGACCCUGUGAAUGAGAGAAGAGAGAAUCCCCAUCAUGAACAAAAAGAUUCACCAAGUCAAACGCUGAUCUAGUGGACAUCUUUCUUUCUGUACAGAUAAUAAAAUUUCUAAUGUUCA